AUGCGAAGACUGAAAUUUGAAACUGAAGCAUUUGUUGAUGUGACUAACAAGUCCUCAAGCACCGGAGCUGAUUGCAAGGGCCGGGAAAUAAUGGAUGAAGACAAACUGCUUGAAGAAGCCCUUGAGGCUGAACUAAGCAAGAUCCAUAUUCCUGCAUCAGAAAUAGAAGAAUCUGAGGAGGAAGAAUUGGAGGAAUCAGAGGAGGAUAUACUCAUUGAAUCAGAUCCUGAUGCAGAUGACUUCCCCACACCUGUCCUUUGCUACUUUGACCAAAUUAAGCAAAGAGGAGAGACUGUGGAAAAGAUGAUUCUCCAGGAUUUAGAGCAGCUCGAGUAUGUUGAUCAUUCUGUUCAGAAUUGUUCUGAAUCAGAAAUGUUGCUAGCAUUGGCUUCUGAAUUUGGCGAGGACCAUUUAAACAUGACGGAGAGGAUAUUAGAAAAGGAAGUACAAAAAAAAGACAUGGAACUUCAAAAGAACAUAGACUUCGAUGUUCAAGUGAAGAAAACUGAUCAGCCUCUAGAGGAUGAGGAAAUUUCAGAUAAUGAAGAUGUUAUAACUUCCAAAUGCAAAGAAGUGGAGGAGUGCUGCCAUCUGACACUGCAGCAAUGGGAAGCUGAAGAAAAAAGACUACAGAAAACCAAGCUGGCAGAGCUAAUGGACCAGAGAGAAAAAGAGAAGAAGCAGGUGGAGGAGGAAGAGGAGCGAGCUAAGAGUAGGCAGAAACAAUUUGAAGAAAAACUAGAGAAACUAACAGUAGAGAGGCAGGAACAGCGGGCUAAACUGGAAAAGAAAAUCAAACUGAACCAGGAGACUUUGGCAAAAGAGUUAAAACGUCAUGAGGCACUCAUACAAUCACUGCAAAUGAAACUGGAUGAAGAGCGAAGAAUCUUUGAAGAGCAGCAGGACAAAGAGAGGAAACGAGUGGAAGAGCUGCGUUACAGAGCAGCAACUAGUAUUCAGGCAAGAUUUCGGACAUUUUUAACACUUAAAAAGUAUUCUCCAAUACUGAAGGAGAAACGGGAUGAAAGGAAGAGAAGAAAAGACCUCCAGCUCAAGAUGGCUCAAGAAAGGAAAGACUUUGAAGAGAAAAUUAAAAAAAAACUAGAAGAACAGAGCCGAGUUGAACAGGAGGAAAGAAAAAAGCAGGAAGAGGCUGUACGGCUGCAAAGGGAGGAGCAGAAACAAAGACGGAUUGAGUACGAAAAGAAAAAGGAGCAGGAGCGACAGAGGUUAGAAAAGGAGAAACAAAUGAGAGUGAAAAAUCUACAAGAAGAGGAGAAACAAAAAGAACUACAAAAAAAGAAAAGGGAAGAAGAACAAAAGGAAGCAGAAGAAAAGUUGCUAAAAGAAAAAAAGAACGAGUGCAUUGAACAAACAGAGGAAAAAACUGAGAAGAAAGUUGUGCUGCAGCUACUCGAAGAAGUUACUGCUAAUUCCAGCAUGAAGGAGAAUGAAACCUUCAAAGACAAUGAUAAUGUGUAUGUUCGUAUGAAUGAAAAUAUGUGUUUGCCUUCUAAUGCACAGGACAACUCUCCCAUAAAUCCCAGUAAAAUUGAAGGUCAGUGUACAGCUGAAAGAGCUUCAGAUGCAAAAAUGGAAAAGAAACUACCAGCUGAAGAGAUAGUGGAAAGUGAAACAGUGAAUACUCUUACCAUUGAAUCCAAUAUCAUAGUACCCCAAAAUAACAUACUGCAAGAAGUUAUUCCUUAUGCAGUUGGAGACACAUUCCCUGGUAAACUAUCUGGUGAUAGUCAAUCAGUAUUAAAUAAUAAUGAAGAUAAGAUACAAAAUGAAGCUCAGAUUGCUGCUGAUGAACUAAUUGAAAACAUGGAUGUUAGUUUACAGAACACUUUCACCAGAGGGCUUGCUCUUCCUGAUCACCUUGAGCAAAAGAGAUUACAUUGGAUGAAAACAUGCAUUCCUUGGUCCAAAAUUUUCAAUGAAAACAAGAAAAAGAAAGUGAAGCAACAAGUGAAACUUCGGAAUAAUCCUGUUAGCAGACUGCCUGUGCUGAGUCCUGAAACAAUAUUGCACUCGGGUGUUUGGACCUCACUUCAACAAGUUACAACUGUUACUCUUCAAGACUUGCCUGGUUGUAGUCUGAACACCCUUUCACAGUGUCCGAGACUGAAGUCACUAAUACUCCUAAACUGUCAACUAGACACAUUAGAGGGUGUCAAUAAUUGCAAAGGUUUAAAGUAUAUAGAUGUACAGAAAAAUAACAUCAAGAAUAUCCAUGGCCUUGAGUUGGAGGAUCUCUGCGUUCUUCUGCUCAGUAAUAAUCAGAUCACCUCUCUGCAUGGUCUGGAGAAAUGCAGCAGCCUACGUAUCCUUGAAUUAUCGCACAAUAACAUCACUCGGAUAGGUGGUCUGGAAUCUCUUAAGAAACUCCAGAGGCUGGUUGUAGAUCAUAAUCAAUUGAUAAGCACCAAAGGUUUAAGUGAAACUCCAACUCUUCUUUACCUUGAUUGCUCCUUUAAUCAUCUCAGCAGUAUUAAAGGUAUUGAUAACUGUGGACUUCUUCAAACUCUGAAGUUACAAAGCAACAACCUCUCUGAGUUACCGAGAUUUGGAAAUCAUGUGUUACUGCGUGACUUGUAUUUGGAUGACAAUAGUAUCUCCACUCUAAAGGAGCUGUCCGAUUACUGGCUGCCAAUGCUUCAACGUCUCUCAGUUUCUCAGAACAGUCUGAUGCAACUUACAGACAUGUCUGACUUUAUGAUGUUACAAAGACUCAACAUAAGCAACAAUCGUUUGUCAGAUCUUAAUAGCUUACUUUUAUGUCUUAAUGGAUGUCAUAGUCUCCAGGAGUUGACACUAGAUGAGAAUCCAUUUCAACAAGAGUCAGGCUGGAGAUGUUCAAUCCUAAAAGUACUGCCAAACUUGCAGGUGGUGGAUGGUGGGAGAGUUACUUCCAUUGAUGAUGCUUCUGCAGAGAGGCUGAGCAAACCUUCAGCAGGGAGUUUCCUAGCUCUAUGUCAGACCCAGCUUCAAGACAUUGAAUUAUUACACAGGAGACACAAAACUGAAUUGGACAGAUCAAAUUCGUUGGAGAUUGCAGAUGCACACUUUCGUCACUGUGAAGAACUGAUGCAUCUGGCUGAAGAGUGUAGAUAUGCUCAUGAGUAUGGAGAAUUAUGUACUAUUGAAGAGAAGAAGCACUCUAAUAGUCCUGUUGAUGAAGAAUUUUGUUUUGGAAAGCAGCACAAGAAUCUGACUGUCAAUUGUAUAAAAGUAAAGAGCCAAAGCACUGACCAUGCAAUGGAUUGUGACGAAGUUCUGACUCCUGUUACUCAUAUUUGUGGAAAGAGAAAUCAAAAUGAUUAUUUACACACAGCUUCUCACGUUUCCCAGGACUAUGAUCCCAGAGUCUUUGCAAAUCUGAAACGAACUGAUUUUUCUUUGCAAGAAUUCAGAAUGAGGAAGGGUCAGAAUCAACCUAAAUCCAACAGAAUUGCAUCUGGAUCACAGAAUGAUGCGAGUUUGAAGGGGAGACAUGAACAACAAAUUUCAGAGGAUUACAUUAAAAACUAUGCAGCGAUUGUCUUGCAAUCCCACUGGCGGGGGUACAUCACUCGGAGAGAUAUUCAUAAGUACUCGGUACUUCAUAAUGCAGCUUCACUGAUUCAGACUGCAUGGAGAGAUUACUGCAACAGAAAGAAAGUUGCCUUCCAGCAUAGUGCUGGCAAGCCACCUGAGAAAUGGAAGUUAUUUGAUGACAGUGAUGAAAGUAGAAAUAGAGCAAUCAUUAUCAUCCAGGCACAUUGGCGAGGCUGCCUCCUACGGAAGAAGCUGUCUCGUGCUUUAGCUGCUGUUCUUACUGAAGAAGAGGAUGACUUUGAAGAAGUUAAUUUGAAUGAUUUUGUAUUUGAUGAGGCAACCUUGGACAAGGAUUGGAUAAAACUAGAUCCUUGGGUCUCUUCUCAAACUCUUCCACUUCCAAAAUCAGACCUACAACAAAAGGCCCUUGCUCAUUAUGCUCAUGAUUCACCCGCCUUACCAAGACAACCACAGUUGGCAUGGCAAGGAGAUGAUAUGAAUACUGUUGAAAAAAUUGAAUAUCCAUCCUCAUCUCCUCUUCAACUACACUCACCCAGCAGAACGUUGUCAGCAUUCUCUGAGUCUACGUCAUGUGGUAAACAAAGUUUCAUGUCUGAGAAAGAAGAGAAGAUCUCUCUGGAAUGGGGCUUUAAAGAUGUCCACACCGCACAACUGAUGCUGAAACGAGCUCAGAAAAUGAAAUCCAAGAAAGCAGAGGCCAAAAAAUUGCAGGACCCAUUAGCGCGAUUGGCUUUAUUCAAGAACAAGAAAAAUAAAUACCUUCCCACAAAAUCGUCAAAGAAGAUACAAGCCAGUGUGAAAUAUUUUAAUGUGCCAGAAGAACUCAGUCACCAAGACAUGACUUCAGUGGAGUUGCAACCAACAAGCAGAGAACUAACCUAUCAGUGGCUUCACACACAAAUUGCCAACUAUGAAGAAACAAAUCCCAGAAAUAAGAAACAUCAUCACUUCCUGCCAGAGAUGGACCCAGAGGUAUUGAAUGGUGGUCGUGUUCAGCUCAUGGCAAGUCCUAUAGGCAGAGAAAUCCCUGACUUAGGCUUACUCUCUGUAACCAGUGGCAAUGCUAUAAACCGGCAAGAUAACAGAGUCGAGGUUAGUCACUGGCAUUCGUCAGGAUCUGCAAAAGCCACUGUACCACCGAGGACUGGCUCCAAACCUCUGAAACAUGAACGCAUAUCCUUUCGUGACAAUCAAGUGCGUCUUAGUACAGGAUGGGGAACUGGCAAGAGGAGGGAAAAAUCUUCCUAAUUAUUGCCUGCAUUCAUAGGAACUUGCAUAACAAAAUUAAUAAAUGUGUCUGUUACGAAGGUCAUGGCACUAAAAUUUGGAAUGUUCAAUGAGUUUGGCCAGAGAUUUCAAUUAUUAUUUUAACUGUCACUGUAUUACUCUCGUUGUUUGACAGAGUUGAAUAACAAAAUAAUGGUUAUUGAUGACAAUUUCAUAAUGGAAAGACCAUUAACUGUUAUAUCAUUUUAUUCUGAUAUAGAUUAAUUUCAGAAUUGUAGUUUCUAUUGGUAAUCUUCACAAAAACAAUAAAAACUAAAAUGUAAAACUUGCAUUUAUAACAAUGUGAUAAUUCUUAUGCUUAGCUAUCUUAACACUAUACUGACUGCAAUGACAGAACACGAUUCACCUAAUCUGCAUGAAAUUAAAUAUUUCAGAAUGCAUUCAAAGAUCUUACUGCUUUUGAAUAAUUUAUAAAGAUGUAUUAUAUUGUAACUGUCCCAAACUGUUUUUAUUUUGUAACUGUUCAUAAUCUAUAAAUUAAGCAAUAUGCAUUGCACAUGAAUUAGAACUAUUGAUGUAUCAUUAUCAGUAUAUCAUCCUUGAAUGUAAUGCUAUGACAUUAUUACUCUUCAACGUUUUGUACACCUAAAUCAAAUUAGCAGCUUCGCUAACUUUUCUCUAUUCUGCUUAAGAAAAGCUCUUUCUAUCUUGCACCUUCACUGAAAACAUAUGCUUCUUUUAAUCAUAUCUUUGAAAAAUAUAGCUAAUGAUUUGGAGAACCCACAAGUAUAUAGUUUUGUAUGUAAUUAAAUGGGAAAACACUGAUUUUCAUGCUGUGUAUGCAUAAUCUCAGUUUUUUUUCAUAAUAACUUUAUUUUUUCAGAUUGAAGUGAAUUCUAUUCAGAAUUGUAUCAUGGCAAUUUAUAUAUUUUACUGUUUUUUUAAUAUGUGCAGUAAUAAUCCAGAAAAAUAACUUAU